AUGAAUUAUAACUGUGAAAUUCAAAACAGGAACAACAACAGUGUUGACAAUCAAGUCUGUCUGCCUCCUAUCCAAGUCCUAUUUAACUCGAUAGAAAGACGGAACGUGCCCGAACUGGCAUUUGCAAAUACAGAACACCCCUGCGAUAAUCUGCGGUGUAAGACCAACGAAGAACAAACGUAUUCCGCUCCUGUGCUACUCCCACAGCAUUCAGGCGUGUAUCCUGUAGUCAAUUCUGGACUCGAAACUACUACUACUAUCGCUACCUCGCAAUUCCUACCUGAGAGUACGAAGGAGCCCGAACACGUCUUGGAGAAUCUAAAGCCUUGCUAUAAGUCAGCUCCAAUCUACGAAAUAAUCAAUAAUGAAGCGGAUAUGCACACAGAGACAAAGAGGCCGAUUCCAGAGUUUGAAGAUUCUAAAUCGAAGAAAAAGCAAAAUUCUGGUAGAAGGUCCAACCUACCAAAGGAAACUGUGCAAGUAUUGAACACCUGGUUGCUGAACCAUCUAAACAACCCCUACCCAACACAGCAAGAAAAGAGGGAAUUGUUGAUCAAAACCGGGCUCACCAAAAUUCAACUGUCCAAUUGGUUCAUAAACGUAAGGAGAAGGAAGAUAUUCAGUGACUACUACACUUUAGUAAACUCAAUUCCCAGUGAUAACGCGAACAAUACCCCAAUGGAACAAGCGCAAAACGCCUCGAUGUAUCACAACACAUUGUCUGCUGCCAACAACACCACAUACGAUGCCACGUCGAACUGCUCCACCGAUUAUGAAUUGUCCAAGAGAUUCGCUCAUGCCCCCGUUACACGACGCAAAAAAUUGAUUGACAGGUUAGAAGAACUGAAAAAACUAUCCAACCCCGAUAUGAAUUGA